UCAAAAUGGCGAUCUCUAAUGAACAAAUAGUUGAUGCAGGAAAAGUGCUUCUCAAUCAAAGUAAUUCACUUGCUGCUCGGUUUCGUGCGCUUUUUCUCCUUAGAAAUGCAAAGGAUGAUCAGUCUGUUGAAUUAAUUUGUAAAUGCUUCUCUGAUCCAUCUGUAUUAUUGAAACACGAGCUUGCUUAUUGUCUUGGUCAAAUGCAAAAUCAGACAGCCAUUCCUUUUCUCAUCAAAGUCCUCGAGGACGAAAGCCAAGAACCUAUGUUUCGGCAUGAAGCUGGAGAGGCACUUGCCGCUAUAGGGGAUCUUGACAACAAAUUUGGUGUAGCAGAGAUUUUGAAAAAAUAUUCCAAUGAUCCUGUUGUUGAGGUUGCUGAAACUUGUCAAUUGGCCAUUGAAAUGAUUUUAUGGAGGAAAUCUAAUGGAAAUAUGCCGAGAAGCCAGUAUGAUUCUAUCGAUCCUGCUCCUCCACUUGAUGACGAGAACAAAACUGUGGAUGAAUUGACGCUCUGGGAACGUUAUAGAGCAUUGUUUGCUCUCAGAAACUUGAACACUGAUGCCGCGACAAAGGCGAUUUCUAAAGGACUUUUUUCGGAAGACAGUGCUCUUUUUAGACAUGAAGUUGCUUAUGUUCUAGGCCAAAUUCAAUCUCCAGUGGUUAUUUCUGAGUUGAAAGAACGUCUUUCUUUACUUAAUGAGAGUGGAAUGGUUAGACACGAGUGUGCGGAAGCUUUGGGGUCUAUUGGUACGGAAGAAUGUCGGCAGAUUUUGGUGGAGUUUUUGAAGGAUAAAGAGAGAGUUGUUCGUGAAAGUUGUGAAGUUGCCUUAAAUAUUGCUGCUGGUGAAGAUGUUUUUGAGAAUAUAUUUUUCCGCAUGAAAGGAAGCAUUAUAUUUAGAGGGAAGGGAAGAAUCUCGCCUUUUUUCAAAUGCUUACAAUUUGCGACGUACAAAACUGUGACGUCUACUGAUUUGUCCCAAUUUGGAAACAACGAUUUGGGUCGUCUCUAUAGUGUAACCGAGGACCAUGCAAAAUCGCUUUCUUUUGACCUUGUUCUUCCCAAAGACUUUAGAGCGUUAAGUUCAACACUUCAAGAAUAUGCCUUUAAAUGCCUCCAAAAAUUUGAAAAUGGACAAGAUACCCAACGCCUUUUACUUUGGGGUAAUUGGGGAACUGGAAAGACGAUAACACUUUGUCAACUUGCCCAUUUGGCAUUAAAUCAAAAUUUUGUUAUUGUGACUAUUCCUGAUGCAAUGGCAUGGGGGCGAGAUAAUUACUACGAAGUAGAGGUUUCCAGCUACAAGACUGGUCGAUUAAAUUCUCCCCAUUGGGCAACCAAACUAUUGAAUUUAUUUAAACAACAAAAUCAACAUAAUUGGAGCAAACUUUCUAAAUAUGAAUGGAGUCAAAUGGAACAAACAGAAAUUGGAAAACCGAUUACUGAAAUUGUUGAAAUUGGUUUGUCUGCCCCUUAUUUGGCUACUGAUUGUCUUGGAGCGCUUUUUAAAGAAUUGAGAAUACACGCAACCAGUGGAGAAAUUAAACUUUUGGUAUUAAUAGAUAAAGCUAAUGGACUUUUUGGAAAAUGUGUUGUUCGAAGGCCUGACAGGACAACCGCAGAUAUUGAUGAGCUCACCCUAACUAUCCAAAUUCGCAAGUUUUUAUUCUCAAGCUGGUCAAAUGGCCUAUGUGCGUUUGUCGCUGAUAAGGCUGAAGCUUCAAAUGCUCGAGAUAAUGUUACUAUUGUUCCUACUGAUCCGGAAGCGUUGUUUGGAGAUUUGAAUUAUGAGAAGCUAAAACCGUUUAUAUCAUUAAAAACAAAUUUGUAUUCGGAAGAAGAAAUAAAUGUGAUGCAUGAAUAUUUUUUGGAAAAGAAUUGGCUUAGGCAAGAAAAAGGAUUACCUGGGGAAGAAGCAAAGAAACAAUUAAUAUUUCUUAGCGCUUUUAAUCCUGCUUAUUAUGAGAAAAUUUGCGCAAUGUCUUGGAAUUUACAAUGUGUUCCUCCUACACCUGUUAAUCUUUAA